AUAACCGGUUGUCUCUUCUCUCCACAGCGUGAGUGUAUUUCUAUGCAUGUCGGCCAGGCCGGAGCCCAGAUGGGCAACGCGUGCUGGGAGCUCUACUGCCUGGAGCACGGCAUCCAGCCGGACGGACAGAUGCCCAGCGACAAGACCAUCGGAGGAGGAGACGACUCCUUCAACACCUUCUUCAGCGAGACUGGAGCUGGCAAACAUGUUCCCAGAGCGGUCUUUGUGGACCUGGAGCCAACUGUCAUAGAUGAGGUCCGUACAGGAACCUACCGCCAGCUGUUCCACCCGGAGCAGCUGAUCACCGGCAAGGAGGACGCAGCCAACAACUACGCCCGCGGUCACUACACAGUUGGAAAGGAGAUCAUCGACCUCGUUCUCGACAGGACUCGCAAACUGGCCGACCAGUGCACAGGACUCCAAGGUUUCCUCAUCUUCCACUCCUUUGGAGGAGGAACCGGCUCCGGUUUCACUUCUCUGCUGAUGGAGCGUCUUUCUGUCGACUAUGGCAAAAAGUCCAAGUUGGAGUUUGCAGUUUACCCAGCCCCCCAGGUGUCCACAGCUGUGGUGGAGCCCUACAACUCCAUCCUGACCACCCACACCACCCUGGAGCACUCUGACUGUGCCUUCAUGGUGGACAACGAGGCCAUCUACGAUAUCUGCCGCAGGAACCUGGAUAUCGAGCGUCCCACCUACACCAACCUCAACAGGCUGAUUGGACAGAUAGUCUCCUCCAUCACCGCCUCCCUGCGCUUCGACGGCGCCUUGAAUGUGGACCUGACAGAGUUCCAGACCAACCUGGUGCCCUACCCUCGUAUCCACUUCCCUCUGGCCACCUACGCCCCAUUCGUCCACUGGUACGUCGGAGAGGGGAUGGAGGAGGGAGAGUUCUCAGAGGCCAGAGAGGACAUGGCUGCCCUGGAGAAGGAUUAUGAAGAGGUGGGCACCGACAGCGUCGGGGACGAAGGAGAGGAAGAGGGGGAAGAAUAUUAAGUUUCAAAUAACAAA